GUCUACGUCCGAGCGGUCGGUCGGAGCCCUCGCGGCGGCUGAGGCGGCGGCUCCUCCGCGGCCGGCCGCCCGCGCUCUGAGGCGAUGCCGGACCAGAUCUCCGUGUCGGAAUUCGUGGCCGAGACCCAUGAGGACUACAAGGCGCCCACGGCCUCGAGCUUCACCACGCGCACGGCGCAGUGCCGGAACACGGUGGCGGCCAUCGAGGAGGCUUUGGACGUGGACCGGAUGGUUCUUUACAAAAUGAAGAAAUCCGUGAAAGCAAUAAACAUCUCUGGGCUGGCGCACGUGGAGAACGAAGAGCAGUACACCCAGGCUCUGGAGAAGUUUGGGGGCAACUGCGUAUGCAGAGAUGACCCGGAUUUAGGAAGCGCGUUCCUGAAGUUCUCAGUGUUUACAAAGGAGUUGACGGCGCUUUUCAAAAACCUGAUUCAGAACAUGAACAACAUAAUCUCCUUCCCUCUGGACAGUUUGCUGAAGGGGGACCUGAAAGGAGUGAAAGGGGAUCUGAAAAAGCCUUUUGAUAAAGCUUGGAAGGACUACGAAACAAAAAUAACCAAGAUAGAAAAGGAGAAGAAGGAACACGCCAAGCUGCACGGGAUGAUCCGCACGGAAAUCAGCGGCGCUGAGAUUGCAGAGGAGAUGGAGAAGGAGCGGCGACUCUUCCAGCUGCAGAUGUGCGAGUAUCUGCUGAAGGUCAAUGAAAUUAAGAUUAAAAAGGGAGUGGAUUUACUUCAGAAUCUGAUCAAAUAUUUUCAUGCCCAAUGCAAUUUUUUCCAGGAUGGACUGAAAGCAGUUGAAAGCCUCAAACCUUCCAUUGAAACACUUUCAACGGAUCUUCACACAAUCAAACAGGCCCAAGAUGAAGAGAGAAGGCAGUUGAUACAGCUUCGAGAUAUUUUGAAGUCAGCAUUACAGGUUGAACAGAAAGAGGAUUUACAGCUUCGCCAGAGCACAGCCUAUAGUUUACACCAGCCUCAGGGAAACAAAGAGCACGGCACCGAGCGGAAUGGCAACCUGUACAAGAAAAGCGAUGGGAUCCGAAAAGUGUGGCAGAAAAGGAAAUGUUCAGUGAAAAACGGUUUUCUGACCAUAUCCCAUGGCACCGCUAACCGGCCUCCUGCAAAGCUUAACCUAUUAACCUGCCAAGUGAAAACCAACCCUGAGGAGAAGAAGUGUUUUGACCUAAUUUCACAUGACAGGACAUACCACUUCCAAGCAGAGGACGAACAGGAAUGUCAAAUAUGGAUGUCUGUGCUGCAAAACAGCAAAGAAGAAGCUCUAAACAAUGCAUUUAAGGGAGAUGACAAUACGGGAGAAAAUAACAUAGUCCAGGAACUGACAAAGGAGAUCAUCUCCGAGGUCCAGAGGAUGACAGGCAAUGACGUGUGUUGCGACUGCGGGGCGCCAGAUCCUACGUGGCUGUCCACCAACCUGGGCAUUCUGACCUGCAUUGAGUGUUCUGGGAUCCACCGAGAGCUGGGGGUUCACUACUCCAGGAUGCAGUCCCUGACGCUAGAUGUGUUAGGAACAUCUGAGCUGCUGCUUGCCAAGAAUAUUGGGAAUGCAGGCUUCAAUGAGAUUAUGGAGUGUUGCCUUCCAGCUGAGGACUCGAUCAAACCCAACCCGAGCAGUGACAUGAAUGCAAGAAAGGACUACAUUACUGCCAAGUACAUUGAGAGGAAGUACGCACGGAAAAGACACGCGGACGACGCGGCCAAACUGCACAGCCUUUGUGAGGCCGUCAAAGCAAGAGAUAUGUUUGGACUACUCCAGGCACACGCUGAUGGUGUGGAUCUUACAGAAAAAAUCCCACUGGCCAACGGACAUGAGCCGGAUGAAACUGCCCUCCACCUUGCCGUCAGAUCCGUGGACCGGACUUCUCUUCACAUUGUAGACUUUUUAGUUCAGAACAGUGGGAACCUAGACAAACAGACGGGCAAGGGCAGCACGGCCCUGCACUACUGCUGCCUGACCGACAGCGCCGAGUGCCUCAAGCUGCUGCUGCGGGGCAAGGCCUCCAUCGGCAUCGCUAACGAGUCAGGAGAGACGCCGCUGGACAUCGCCAAGCGCCUCCGGCACGAGCGCUGUGAGGAGCUGCUGACCCAAGCCUUAUCUGGAAGGUUCAACUCUCACGUUCAUGUCGAGUACGAGUGGCGGCUGCUCCACGAAGACCUGGAUGAGAGCGACGACGAUGUGGAUGAGAAGCUGCAGCCCAGUCCCAGUCGGCGAGAAGACCGGCCCGUCAGCUUCUACCAGCUGGGCUCCAGCCAGCUGCAGUCCAACGCCGCCAGCCUGGCCAGAGACGCCGCCAGCCUGGCCAAGGACAAGCAGAGGAGCUUCGUGCCCGGCAUCCUGCAGAACGAGACGUACGGAGCCGUCCUGAGCGGCAGCCCACUGCCCAGCCAGCCCGCGGCCCCCGGCUCCGCCGGUGCUCCCCCACUGCCCCCGCGGAACGUUGCCAAAGUUCAGCCAGCCUCCUCAGCUAACGCCCUGUGGAAGACAAACUCUGUAAGUGUGGACAGUGUAAGCCGGCAGCGAUCUUCGUCAGAUCCGCCAGCUGUCCAUCCACCGCUGCCCCCUCUCCGCGUGACAUCUACCAACCCCCUGGCUCCCGCGCCGCCCCCUCCGGUAGCGAAAACGCCCAGCGUGCUGGAGGCCUUGGGCCAGCAGAGCAAAAAGCCGGCGCAGCCCGGGCUCCUGCCCGGCAAAGCCCCGCCGCAGCUGCCCAGCCGCCUGCCCCAGAAGAGGCCUGCUCCCGGGCCUGACAAGUCAAGCCCGCUGAUCAACAAAGGCCAGCCAAGAGGACCUGCAGUGGGUCCGUCUGGGACAGAAGCUCUGGGUCCUCUGUCCAACGCCAUGGUCCUGCAGCCCCCGGCGCCCGUGCCCAGGAAGUCACAGGCGACCAAGCUGAAGCCCAAGCGGGUCAAAGCCCUGUACAACUGCGUGGCCGACAACCCCGACGAGCUGACGUUCUCCGAGGGGGACGUGAUCAUCGUGGACGGGGAGGAGGACCAGGAGUGGUGGAUCGGCCACAUCGAUGGAGAUCCCAGUCGCAAAGGAGCAUUUCCCGUGUCAUUUGUGCACUUUAUUGCUGACUGAAUUGCUACUGAACAAAAACACUUUUUAAAGUUAUGUCUUGUCUCAUUAUUGGUACCAAAACUCUUGCCAGAUAGCCUGUUUCAUGAAUUGUAUUGUACGGUCGCCCACCUGCUCUAAGGCCACUGUUCUGCUUUAAAAACUCAAAGGCAAUUUAUAUACAUCAGUGAAUUGUUUUUAUAAUUCGUGUUUUUCAUGAAACAUUCCUAUACUUUUAUUAGGAAAAACUGAAUUUCCAAAAGGUGAACUGAAAAGUUAUUUUAACUAAAUAAUGAAGACUCUGAAUCUACAGCAUUAGUUGAACCUAAAAAUGUUUUGAGUGUGGGAAAGAAAUUCGUCCUGUUUUUCUUGGCCCACUUCUGAGGUUGGCGACCUGUAGCACAAUUAUUCUUUUUAGGAAGCCAGGAAAUUGUUGCUUUCAAAGUCCAUAGCCAGCCUGCACUUUCUACAUACAAUGCUUCAGUUCACCUUUAAAGACGUUUUUUUCUUUA